AUGGCAAGAGAACGUAGAUUGCAGGCCACUGAGCACGCCGGCCGGACCAGGCCAUGGGAACGGCCACGCUUCUCUGGUAUUGAGGAAAGCAACAUUCUGGGCACAAAAUGUCGGAGAACGAGUAUAGAAAUAAAACGAAAACCAAAGAGAAGGGAGAUACAGACUGCUGUGAAGAUGACUGUGGAGGUGUCAGAGGAAGUGAGCCCUCAUGGAAGUUGUAAUCGAAGUCACCAAUAUCCAAUUCAUUCGCAAGCUGAAAGACGUCAAACAAGGUCCAGGCUGAAAUUGAGUAAUGGGAUGAAAGAAAUCAGGGGUAACGACGAGGCGGAUGGGCUUACAUCCCUUCUCGUAAGGCUGAAGCUCAAGAAGGGAAAGCACAACCAAGAACUUGCUCCUUCCACAACUCAUGUCACGAGCGAGAAUCAAACGAAGGAAGAAACUAUUUUUACCCUUUCUGACGCCCUUUCAAACGAAGCCAACAACAACUCUUCAUCAACUCCAAACCUCUCCACUUCUUCUCAGCCAACUCCUAGUUCCCUCAGCAUCGACUCUUCUCGACCAUCUCCUGACCUCUCUAACAACACAAAACCGAGUCCAGAUAACUCCAUCGAUAGUUCUCGCCUCACUCCCCUCCAAAUCUCCGACAAGCCUUCUCAGCCACCCCCUCAGCCUCUCUGCGACGACAUUUCUCAGCUCUCUACCAGCAUUUCUCAACCCUCUCUUGAUCACAUCCCCGACAACCGAUUGCAACUGAGUUGCAACCACUUCUCCAACAAAAUUCAAGCCAUUCCCGAAGGUUUCUUCAAACAAAGCUCUCACUUGACUUCUGACUACACCUCCAACGACAACUUUCAUCCGAAGUCAGCUCCCGACCCUGGCCCCUUUUCUACAGACACUCAACCGAAUCCCGAUCCGGACCCCUUUCCUACCAGGAACUCGCAAGCGAAUUUCUACCCCUACCCCCUUUUCACCAAGAGCUCUCAACCGAGCCUCAAGCUCAGCCCCUUUCCACAGGGGUCUCAACCAAAUCACGAUCCUGACCCCUUUUCCACCAACGGCUUUCAAAAGCCAACCAAAACUAUUCUUGAAGAAGGGGAAAAACAUUCGGAAGUCGAGAUCGAGAACGACGAGUCUGGUGAUUUAUUUUCGAGUCCCUUCCUCAGGAACUCUGAGAGGGCGCCGGCUGCAUUCAUCUUCCCUACCAGCCGAUAA